AUGGCCCUACUGAAGGAGUUUCAUGCUGAGAAGAGGCAGCUGAUGGAUCAAGAGAAAGCACAGGAGGAAGAGGAGGAAGAGGAGGAGGAUGAGCAGGAGGAAGAGGAGCAGGAGGAGGAGGAGCAGGAGGAGGAGGAGGAGGAGGAGGAAGAAGAAGAGGCAACUGAAGCUCCUGGCUAUCAGACUGAAACAAAGAGCAUCUCACCAGAGCCUCCUGUGGGUCAGUGUCAGACUGACAGCAGUGAAAUCAUCUGCAGAGAUGUUGGCAUGACUCACCUGCCAAUCAUCCACAACCCGGAGGCCACGAAGCUAGAUGUGGGAGAGAACAACAUCCGAGUCAUUCCUCCAGACGUUUUCUCCGGCGUGCCAAAUCUGGAAUCCCUGGACCUGAGCAAAAACCAACUGGAUGAUGAUUCAUUCAGCCAAAACCAGCUGUCUAACUUGACCUCUCUGAAGAAACUGAACUUGGAUGGCAACCAGCUCACAGUGAUCCCCACACUGCCGCCGGCUCUUGAAGAACUGAGCGUCAACAACAACAAGCUCCACACCCUCUCCCGUCAUUGUUUCGCAGGGUUGACAAACCUGUUGAACCUGGAGAUGGAAGGGAACAGCCUGCAUGAGAGUGCUGUGUCACCGCAAGCAUUCAAACCACUCAAGGGGCUUCAUCACCUCAACCUGGAGAACAACCGAUUCCGCUCUCUCCCCCCAGGUCUUCCCCGCUCUCUGCAGACUUUAGAAAUGGCUGAAAAUAUGAUCGAGGAGGUGACAGAAGAGGCACUGAGGGGCUGCAGUCAUUUGAAAAUGCUAGACCUGAGUCAUAACCUUCUGCAUGAGGUCGGCCUUGCCCAACACGUCUGGACCCGCCUGCGGAGACUUGAAUUGUUGGACCUCUCUUACAACCAGCUGACAUCGAUGGCCAUGAAUCUUCCUCGCCAUCUGCUCAAACUGAAGCUCCAACACAACAACAUCAGCCGCAUCCCCGCUCACAUGUUUCGCCACCUGCGGCCUGGCCUGCAGUUACUUGGUCUAUCUCACAAUGCCUUGAGGGAUGAGGGGAUUGAGCAGGGCUCUUUUGUCGGAACGUUCCGCUCGCUCGUUGAGCUCCUGUUGGAUGACAACCACCUGGCGGAGGUCCCACUCUGGGUUCGACAGUUUAAGAACCUGCAAGUACUGAGGCUGGACAACAACUAUAUCAGGCAGCUCAGGCGCUGGGCAGUGUGUCAUCCCCAAAAUUCUGGCUCCAUCUUGGCGUCAGUCCACUUAGAAAAUAACCUGUUGGUGGCUGACAAUAUUCCCUCCAAUGCCUUUGCUUGUCUCACAGAUGCUGAAGGACUUGUUAUCUAUCCUCAACGAGGGGCCUUACCAGAAAUUUCGACGUCAACAUGAUCUCACUAGAAUGUAGUAUGAAACCUCCAGAAAAAAAGUGAGGCAUGCUAGGACGGAACAAUUUCCAGUAGCGAGGGUGGAAUCAACUCAAGACAACUCAACA